UUAACGUUGACUUCACUUCCUUUGAUGGAGUCCAUGUCUUCUUCAUCCUUCAAUGGUCGAUGGAUCUACGACGUGUUCUUGAGUUUCAGAGGGAAAGACACGCGUAACAGCUUCGUUUCUCAUCUCCACGCUUCCCUCUCAAAUGCUGGAAUCAACACUUUCCUUGACGAUGAGAAGCUUGAGAAGGGAACGGAGUUAGGACCAGAACUACUGCGAGCAAUAGAAAGGUCUCAAAUCUCUAUCGUUGUUUUCUCCGAAACCUACACUGAAUCUAGUUGGUGUCUUAAUGAGCUCGUAAAAAUAAUGGAAUGCCACAGAACUUAUGGCCAGGUUGUUCUGCCCGUGUUUUACGGUGUUGAACCAACGCAAAUACGUUAUCAAAUGGGUGCUUUGGGAGAAGCUAUGGAAAAACUUGCAAGAAAAAAGUACUCUGGGAAAAACAUGACAAAUGUGUGGUCCAGGUGGAGGACUACACUCACCGAAGCUGCAAAUUUGUCUGGUUGGGAAGUCACCACUAGCAGCAAUCAAGCUAAAGUAGCAAAGCUUAUUCUUGAAGAGGUUUUAACAAAACUAGACAACACAUUACUGUCUAUUACGGAAUUUCCAGUUGGAUUAGAAACCCGUGUGGGAGAAGUGAUUGGGUUACUUGAAAAUCAAUCAAGCAAAGUUUGUAUGCUAGGGAUAUGGGGAAUGGGUGGAUCGGGUAAAACCACCACAGCCAAAGCCAUUUACAAUCAAAUUCAUCGCAAAUUUGAGGGUACAAGUUUCAUCGAAAAUAUUAGAGAAGUUUGCGAAAAAGAUAGUAGAGGGUAUAUUGAUUUACAAGAACAACUUAUUUCAGAUGUUCUGAAAACAAAAGUGAAGAUACAUAGUAUUGCUAUGGGGACAACUGUGAUCGAGAGAAGACUUUGUGGAAAAAGGGCACUCAUUGUACUUGAUGAUGUGAAUGAGUUUGAGCAAUUAAAAGCCCUAUGUGGAAAUCGUAAAUGGAUUGGUUCAGGUAGUGUGUUAAUUGUUACAACCAGAGAUGUGCGCCUACUUAAUGUGCUUAAAGUUGACCAUGUUCAUAGAACAAAGGAAAUGGACGAAAAUGAGUCCCUUGAGCUUUUUAGUUGGCAUGCUUUUAGAGAAGCAAGUCCAAGAGAAGACUUGAUUGAACUCUCAAGAAACAUAGUUGCAUACUGUGGGGGUUUACCACUAGCACUUGAAGUCCUUGGAUCUUAUUUAUAUGAGAGGACAGAACAAGAAUGGAGAAGUGUAUUGUCAAAACUGGAGAUAAUUCCCAAUGAUCAAGUACAAGAGAAACUGAGAAUAAGCUUUGAUGGUCUAAGGGAUGAUAUGGAAAAGGAUAUAUUUCUUGACAUAUGUUGUUUCUUUAUUGGUAAGGAUAGAGACUAUGUUACAGAUAUACUAAAUGGUUGUGGGCUUCAUGCUGAUAUUGGAUUAACAGUCCUCAUAGAGCGGAGCCUCAUAAAAGUUGAAAAGAAUAACAAGCUUGGAAUACAUGCUUUGCUACGUGACAUGGGAAGAGAAAUUGUUCGUGAAAGUUCAGCUAAAAAUCCUGAGAAGCGUAGUCGACUGUGGUUUCAAGAGGAUGUGCUUGAUGUUUUGACAAAAAAUACUGGAACAGAAACUGUUGAGGGAUUGGCUUUGAAGAUGCAAAGAACCGACAGGGUUUGCUUUAGUAGUAAUGCUUUCAAGGAAAUGAAGAGAAUGCGACUUUUACAAUUUGAUCAUGUUGAACUCAACGGGGAUUAUGGAUAUCUUUCCGAACAACUGAGAUGGGUCAAUUGGCAACGAUUUCCCUUGGAAUAUAUUCCUGAUAACUUUUAUCUGGGAAAUCUAGUUGCCAUUGAAUUAAAACACAGUAAUAUUAAAAAAAUUUGGAAGGAACCCAAGUUGCUGGGGAGGCUAAAAAUCCUCAAUCUCAGUCAUUCCAGGUUCUUGACAAAUACCCCUGACUUUUCAAAACUACCGAAUCUAGAAAAGCUCAUUCUCAAGGAUUGUCCAAGUUUGAUUGAGGUACACCAGUCCAUUGGAGAUCUAAGUAAACUUCUUCUGAUCAAUUUGAAGAACUGUACAAGCCUUACCAAUCUCCCAAGGAGGAUCUAUGAGUUGAAAUCUGUGAAAACUCUCAUACUUUCUGGUUGUUCAAAGAUUGACAAGUUAGAAGAAGAUAUAGUGCAUAUGGAAUCCUUGACAACUCUAAUUGCAAACAACACUGCUGUAAAACAGGUGCCCUUUUCGAUUGUUAGAUCCAAAAGUAUUGGAUAUAUAUCCCUGUGUGGAUAUGAAGGAUUAGUGCGUGAUGUAUUUCCUUCUCUCAUAUGGUCUUGGAUGUCACCGACAAUGAAUCCCCUAUCCCGUAUUCCACCAUUUGGGGGCAUGUCAUCAUCUCUAGUUUCCAUUGAUGUACAGGAUAAUAAUUUUGGUAAUCUAUCACCAAUGCUUGGGAACCUUCCAAAACUUCGAAGUGUUUGGGUGCAAUGCAGCUCGGAGUGUCAAUUAACUCAAGAAUUAAGAAGAAUCCUAGAUGACCUAUAUGAUGUAUAUUUUGCUCAAUUGGGAGCAUCAUCAUAUGCAUCACAAAAUUCAGAUCUUUCAUUGAGAUCACUUUUAAUUGGAAUGGGAAGUUACCAUAUGGUCAUCGAUAUUCUAGGCAAGAGCAUAUCACAGGAAUUGACAACCAAUCGUUCUAAUGAUGUUUUCCUUCCGGGUGACAAUUGUCCUUCUUGGUUGGCCUAUACAUGUGCAGGACAUUCUGUGGUUUUCCAAGUGCCUGAAGAUGGUGAUUGUCGCAUGAAGGGAAUGAUUUUAUGUGUGGUUUAUUCAUCAAAACCUGAAAACAUGGCAGCCGAAUGUCUUAUUAGUGUUUUGAUCAUUAAUUACACGAAGUGCACUAUUCUGAUACACAAGAGAGACACAGCUAUGUCCUUUAAUGAUGAAGAUUGGCAGGGUGUGAUAUCAAAUCUAGAACCUGGUGACACUGUUGAGAUUUUUGUAGCAUUUGGGCAUGGAUUGACUGCUAAGAAGACUGCUGUCUACGUAAUAUAUGGCCAGUCAAUUACUGUGGAAGUUGAGCCUUCAAUUAAUGUGGAAAUGGAGCCACCACCUGAAUUGAACGCACAAUUAUCACCUAGUGUCGAAAUGGAGCCAGCAUCUGAAUUGAACUCAAAGCCAUCACCUAGUGUGGAAAUGGAGCCAGCAUCUGAAUUGAACUCACAGCCAUCACAUAGUAUGGAAAUGGAGCCAGCAUCUGAAUUUAACUCACAGCUAUCAUAUAGUGUGGAAAUGGAGCCAUCACCUGAGAUGAAAACGGAUCCAUCACCUGAAUUGAACUCACAGCCACCAUAUAGUGUGGAAAUGGAACUAUCACCUGAGAUGAAAACGGAGCCAUCACCAAAGCCAAACAAAAGUAUCUUUGCAAGACUUACAAAGAGAAUGGGAGAAUGUUUAUGCUUGAACCAGAAUUGAGGUUUCAACAAUUUUUUAUUGAGCAUGUCAAUGUCAUUGUAAAGAACCUUGGGAUACACCACUCCAAAAGCUAGCUUAAAAGUGUAGGAGUGCCCAAGGCCUUAUAAGCUCCACAUUAGUUGCUCAUACAACCAAUGUGGGACUAUAUUUCUCAACAUGUCCCCUCACACGAGAGCCUACUGAACUUAAAGGGUGGACAACAUACAAGCCCACUUAUAUGUGAAAAUUCUACUACAAAGAAAGUGGGAGGCGGUGAGAUUUCGAACGCUCUGAUACCAUGUUAAGAACUUUGAGGUCACCACCCCAAAAGCUAACUCAAAGGGUGGGAGUGCUCAAGGCCUUAUAAACCUCACAUUAGUUGCCCAAGGCCCCAUAAAGGCAUAAUAUAGGAUUCCCUCAUUUCCUGAUUUUGCAAUGUUUAUUUGAGGUUAUGAGAAUGUUGUUAAAGUUAAUUUCUCAUUACAUUAUAGAGCUCAUGAUUGCUUGGCAAGACAAGGUAUGAUGUAUUGACGCUAUACAACCGUAGCACUAUUGGCUUCCCCAUAAGCAUGCGAAAGGAGAGUGCACCGUUGCGAGCUGAGCAUUUCUCUAAGACCAUAUGGACACGGGAUGAUGGUUGGAGCAGCAAAAGUUGUUAAAAGAGGCCAACCCAUCCCACCUCAGCCUCUAACCUACAAAAAAAUGAGGCGGGUGGGUUAAUCCCCCAUUGAUGAAUGGGUUGAUAGGUUGAAAAUUCAAAUCUAUUCC